AUGCACAACGAGAGCAGCAGAAGCAGCGACAGCAGCAGCAGUAGGGGCGGGAGAAGCAGCAGCAGCAAUAGCGGCAGGAGAAGGAGCAGCGGGUGUCGGCAGUUGGGGCUGCUCUGGGGAGUGUUGGUGGUGUUUCCGCUGCAACAGCAGUUGCUGCUUCUGCAGCAGCAGGGGACGCGCUCAGCUGCGCUGAACCUGCUGCUGGUGCCGCUGCUUCUGGUGCAGGUGUGGGACAAGGACUACUACGAAGAGAAAGCGAAGGAAAAGGCUUCGUUGCUGGGAGUUGAAUCUCUUCUAGAGUUGCUACUAAAACCCAGAGAGGAGCCCAAACCGCCGCCGCUGCCGCCGUGCGGCUACCGGAAGCAGCUUCAGGUGCUCACAUUUAAACUCGGCUUCGAGAGAGAAGCCAGCCGCACGAAAAUGGUCACCCUGCAGAGCCCCAGGAUGCAGCUCUGGUGCGACAUUUGCGAGUGGUUGUGCAAGGACUCACAAGCCUAUUUGGAUCAUAUUAGCCGCCGCAACCACAACCAGCUUCUUGGUGGGUAUUCUUUUGUUGCAGGCAGCGCGGCAGACGGUGGGAACUGGGUUGGAACCCCACACCCAAAGACAAAGGCAGAUGCGCGUGUAAAGCAGCAGCAGCAGCAGCAGCAGGGAGGAGGCGCCCAGGGAACGUCACGGAGAUUCAAGGCCCUUGCGGGCGGCGCAGGAGCCGAAGGGAGGGCUGCGGAGGCGAAAGAUGAAUUUGAAAGGGUCAAGCGACUCCCAGAAGAACUUUAG